AGAACGACCGCGCGCGUACGUAUUCAACAAUUUUUACGUUCCAUUUUUGAAAAAAUUACGUUACGUCAUACUUUCCCUCACGUAAUUAUUCCAAUUAUUUGUUUAUUUAUUUUGAAGUGUUUUGUGCCAGAUAUCGGCAAGCAGCGUUUGGCGGGUGGGCAGCAUGCCGCGCGCCAGCGCUCUCUUGCUGGCGCUAGCGGCCUUCAUGCUCGCGGACCAAUGCAUCAACGCCUCGUACAUCGACCCUGGUGACGAGGAUAUUGAAAUAACAGGCCCUGAUUACGAGGAAGAUCCAUCUGACCUUCAAAUCCUUCAAAAUGUUGGGAAACGUUCGUCGCUGAUCUACGUUUUCAGGCGUGCGUGCAUUCGGCGAGGAGGGAACUGUGACCAUCGGCCAGGCGACUGUUGCCACUCGUCCUCCUGCCGCUGCAACCUGUGGGGGUCCAACUGUCGCUGCCAGCGCAUGGGCCUCUUCCAGAAGUGGGGGUGAUGCUCCAGCCGCGCCGACCCCUGCCGCGCCGGCCGCAGCUAGGCGCAGCGCCCAAUGACCAUUGCGUUUUAUCACCGGACCCGUUGCGUUAGCUUCAAGUCUUACCUUUAUCUUCUCUCCAACCUCAUAUCCUUGAAAAGUAGAAAAUUCUAAUCGAAAACAGGGACGUAGAUUUUAGUUCGGAGAUAUUUUUGGACCAUUUUUACUAAAAAUUAUAGCCGCUUUCUAAAAUGUUAUGUUCGUUGUGUUCGAUAAAUUGGAUCUACUGUCUCGUUUCUGUAAUUUUCUUUGUCUGAUUGUGUCGAGUGUCCGCCUACGUGGUUGGGCAAUCACCCAGCCUUAUUGCCCAAUCAGUACGCUUUGACACUAAGCUCGGCCAAUCAGAACCUAGAUAAUGCUUCCAGCCGUGGGUUCUUGGCCAUUUAAUUUCCAUUUUGAUUUCAAUACGCGAACCCGCGGCUCGAAGCAGUCUUAUUCUAUUGCAAUGUAUGUAUGUAGAGUUAAGUAAGCUAAUCGUAGAAAGCAGUAGCUAAUUGGUGGUAAACUUAUGUCUAUAGGAAGUAGCUGAUACAGAAUAGAAAGAUAUAAAUGUAACUUUUAAAAAUAAAUGUUCUAGUCAUUUAAGAGACUAACCGUAAAGAGAAACUUGGUGAAAGACGCUAUUAUAAGCCUUUAUAAUAUGAAACAACGCCACUUAUUUGCGAUUGGCAACUUAGUAUAUUAAACUACUUAUUAAUGUGUCAAAGUAUAAUUCUUAUAUGAUAAAUAUAAAACGAAUCUUUAAUGUACUCUAUGCGUCUCUCGGACAGGGGGUAUAUGGUAUUGCAGCCUAGUAGAAUCAUCUAUAUGUAGUUUCUUAUAUUAUAUAAUAUUCCUGAAUAUGGAAUAUAAUAAUUGUAUUAUUACUAAUAUUGGAAUAUGGAAAACGAUAUAUUGUAUUAAUAAAUGUUUAUGGACGAA